AUAUGAAGUGAUCACAACACCCUCUAGCAUUUACAUGGUCAUGGAGUACGUGGCUGGCGGUGAAUUGUUCGAGUACAUUGUUAAGCACGGGAAACUGUCAGAGGAUGCAGCCCGCACAUUCUUUCAGCAGAUCAUCUCCGGUGUGGAGUAUUGUCACCGACACAAGGUGGUGCAUCGAGAUCUGAAGCCCGAGAAUCUUCUUCUCGACACCAACAACAACGUCAAAAUCGCUGACUUCGGUCUGUCGAAUAUCAUGACGGAUGGAGAUUUCCUCAAGACGUCCUGCGGAUCGCCAAACUACGCUGCACCCGAGGUACUGCUGCGGUAG